AUGGACAGUAGAAGUGAUAAUGCUGCUGUGGAGAUGGCCAUUGAGAAAAUCACAAAAAUACUAGAUAUUUCAAAAGAAGAGGCUGUGAAGAUUGUCCAGCAAGCAUUUGGUCAGGAAGAUCCGUUUUCGUUUCUUUCAGAUCUUCUUGGAUAUGCCAAUAUAGAUCUAAUUUUUGAAAUUUAUAGAUUCAAGGACACAUUCAUAGAAAAAGAGUAUAUAAACGAACAAGCAUUGUUUGUAGAACACAUAAUGCCAGAAAGCUCAUCAGUACAUGGCAGCAGUGCAUCCACCGAUAGACUUGUAAAGACGUCGAUAUUGGGCGAUAAUUCAAAGUACUUUUCCUAUGAAAGAUUCAAUCCAGUGCAAUCUGCUGUAUUUCAAGAUGUUUACAAUUCUGAUGGGAAUGUACUUGUGGCUGCUCCAACUGGCGCUGGAAAGACAGACAUUGCUUUGAUGAGUGUACUACGAGCCUUGAGGCACAGGGAUUCACAAAUCAUUUACAUAGUUCCCAUGAAAGCAUUAGCCUCGGAGAUAUGUUCAAAGUAUUCGAGAUUACUAGGAAAACAAUACUUCAUUAUUGAGUACACGGGCGACACUGAAGUUGACAGUAAAACUGCUUCAAAGGCCAGAGUUGUGAUCUGCACUCCCGAGAAGUUUGAUGUGGCCACAAGAAAGCUCUACUGUGUAUUUCAAAAUAUUAGACUAGUGAUUAUUGAUGAAAUUCAUUUGCUGGAAGAUGACCGUGGACCAGUAGUCGAGGCAAUUGUGGCACGGAUGUUUAAAUUUUCAGAGCUAAGGCAGACGUUUAUCAGAAUCCUCGGGCUUUCGGCCACCCUUCCUAACUACCAAGACGUGGCUGUUUUUAUUAAGGCCCAGCAUGUGCAUUUCUUUGGCCAGAUGUAUAGGCCAGUGCCUUUGAAAAUGACUGUUACUGGCUUUACCAAAAUAGCUAAAUAUACGGAUGAAAUGAACUAUCUCCUCGACAAGACACAAGAGUUUAUAAACGGAAGCAAGCAGAUACUGGUAUUUGUCCAUUCAAGAGCAAAAACACAUAAAACUGCCAAUUUCCUCGCACAAAAUUUGCAUCAGAGUGAUGAUGGUUCUAUGACAGACUUGGAUGUUGAAAGCAUCAAAAAAAGCACUAAAAAUUCAACCAGACCUAACGUGUUAUCAAACCAUGAACUUAAUAUGCUUGUUUCAAAGUCGAUUGGAGUACACCAUGCAGGACUCUCAAAGUCUAGAGAUCACAGAUGGAAAUGCUGUUCAGUCAAGGAGUAA